CCAAAAAGAGCUGGGGAGGCUGAUAAGAAGGCGGGGGGAGGGGGGGGCAGGGUCUGCAGGGGUUUCCAGAGGGAGCCACAAAAUUCCAUCCUGGGCAACCAAAGACUCCUUAGCAGCAGAGAGACCGAAAGGACCAAUGACGGCACUCCCACCACUGUGGCUCCCACUGAACAGCCCCUGGGCCCCUGCAGCACCCCAGAUGGCCCCUGGGAUGGGGGUUGCCCUCUUGGUGCCAGGGGACACUGCUGGCUCCUCCCAUCCUGCUGGCUGACCAUCCCAUCUCCCCCUAGUCCUCCAGCAGGAGAUGGGGAGGCUGCUGAGGGAGUGGGGGGGGGUGCCAGAGGGAGCCCCAACAUUCCAUCCCAGGCGACCAAAGAGUCCUUAGCAGCAGAGAGAGCGAGAGGACCCACCAUGGCGCUGCCACCACUCUGGCUCCCACCAACCGGCUCCUGGACUCCCCCAGCACCACAGAUGUUUCACACCUUUGUGCUCCCGCAAACCUUCUACCCCCAAGGCUCAGCCAUCCUGCUUCCAGUGUCUGGGCAGGAGCAGUCCUUCCCCGCAGCCUGGGCACCCCCCGUGGGGGCAGCCCCAUGGGCCCCCCAGGCCCCACCACCAGGGCUGCAGAUGGCCCCCUGCGGCUCCUGCUUUGAUCCCCGGUUCUUCCACGUCAAGCGGACCAUCGCCAAGCAGCCUCCACCAGCCACCCCCACGCUCGCCCACGGCCCCGCUGCUCCCCCGGGCCCUGCCCUGUGGGGCCUCGGGGGCUGUGAGACCCUCCCAGCCUGGGCAGCCCCCGGCAUCCUCCAGGGACCACCCACACAGCCCCCGCUGACGCAGCUCCCAUCCUUCAGCUACCAAGGCAGAGCGGUGGCCGCAGCGCCCCCGGCGCUGCUGCUGACCUCCAUCCCUGGCCUCCAGCACAUCCGGGGACCUUCUGGAUGGAGCCAAAUCUCCAGCACGGCCACCCCCACAGGGGCACCCCUGGGCAGCCAUGGCACCCAACAAAGCCACGUGCCCCCCAGACCCUUGGCUGCCCCCCAGAAACCAGCUCCUGGGGACCCGGCAGGCACAGUGGAUGUGACUGAGGAGAUGCUCCUCCAAGAGGCUUUUAGGCUCUUUGCAUCCUCCACGGACACAGUGGGGUCCAGCCAGGACAGCGCCACCACCAUCUCCAGGCCUGGGGACCCUGGUGCCACCAGGGGAGAGGGCAGAGCGGUGGCCCCAGCACACACCACGCUGCCAAACUCCAUCCCCGGCCACAAGAACAGCCUUGAAUGGUCUUCAGAGACCAAGAGCUCCAGCACGGCCACCCCUGAGGAGAGAAGCCCAGACAGCAACAUCCCUGCCUCCAGUGACCUCUCCUCAGACACUGACCUCUCCUUGGACAGCAUCAUCUCCCUGGAUACCAGUGUCCCCACCAGCCCCUCUGCUGUCCACCAAUGCCAAGCCCUCGGGGAUCUCAAAGGGCCUCAAGAGUUCCCUCUGGAGGAGGCCCUGAGGCUCUUCGACUGCUCCGGGGAGGUGGGAGGUGUCAGCCAGGACAGUCCUGGCAGCAGCCCCAGGCCCACGGAGCCUGGGGACACCUGCACAGCCAUUUCCCCCAGCGACUUUGAUGCUGUCGAGCUGCCUGAGGAGCUUUUGAGUCACAACUACACUCUGGAGGAGACCAUGGAGGCUGUGCGCUUCCUGGAGAAACUCCUCAAUGGGCCGGAGUCCCAGGAGCUCUGGGAGGAUGUGGGGACGGAGCUGCCCCCAGCCAUGCCAGCCCAGAUGGAGAGGCAGGGGACGAAGCAGGGGACCAGCUCCCCCUGAACACCAUCCAGCAAUCACUGGGCUCUUGCAAGGGGGCCAGGAAUGGAGCCGGGGGGAGAGUCCCAACACAAGGAA